AUGUACCAAGACAGACAAAACUUACCAUCACAUCUAAAAGGUAUAUAUGUUCAUAAGUUCCUAGUUAGUUCAAUAGCAAUGUGGGCUUCACCUCGUUAUGCUUGGUAUGUUUGUAAACUUCUUGACGAACUUUGUACAAAGCAGAGAGAAGAUAUGAUGAAAGAAGACAAAAACAUACAGAAAAGAAUACCACGUUCGGUACCAAAAGGAAAGGAAAAGAACUAUAAGUAUAUGAUUUACACUGAAGAGAUGGAAAAUGAAGAAGACAGAGAUAUGGUUAUGUUGCAUUUAGUCAGAAGAAACAACAAAAGCUUUUACGACCUUGCUAAGAUUUACAAAUCUGACAGAAAUUGGUUCUAUCGCGAAAACUUACCGAUUUCAAUGACACCGAAUGAAGAUGUUAAACAGAUAGUUCAAGAUACGUUACCUCAAACACACUAUGAUAUGAAAGGUUGUACAAUACUUACCUUCAAAGAAGAUUUGCCAUUGUUAAAGGAAAAAAUAACAGAGUAUUUUGACAACUUCAAACAAGUAGGGUAA